CUCAGUGGACUCUGUGGCCAGUCAUCGCUCAUAUGUCAUAUCAGGUGCUCUUGUGCCGCUGCUCCUCCUCUAACCGUUCACAUACUCUCCUCUGAACAACCAAAACCCCCAAUAAAAAAUUCUGCUGACAAACCUUUGCAUGUUCAUCUUCCGCUCUCCUGCUCACCCAUGGAGUCCAAAACCCUAACAGUCACGGCUCAAGGCCGCCAGCUCGCCGUCGUCAACCUCCGAAAGAAGUUUGGCCCCAGCAGGGUUGUAUGACUUUUGACUCUGUUUGGCUGCGCAGAAAACAUGUUUGUAUAACCUUGACUCCGUUUGGCUGCUGAGAAAAUGUAGGUAAUCAAAUGUUAAAAACGUAAAGUAAAUGAUGAUUUGCUUGGCCCACCUGCAUUUUGUAAUUGUCUUAGUGGUUCGGUUAUCUCUGUUUUAUUAUUUGUGAUGGAAAAUUUUAGCAGUUAAAGGCCUCGUUGCAUACAAAGUUAUCAAGUUCUGUAAAUAUUUUCCGUACAUGUUAAAUUGUAAUUUUGUGAUGUUAUCUGUGCUGUUCAAUGUUCAGGGGAUUGUCGCAUGCAACCAAAGCAUUCCGUUUACUUAUGGUUUUAGCAUGCACCCUCUUUUACCUCACUACAUAUAGACAAUGCUCUGGGAAUGGUGAGAUAUUAUCGGAAUAUGAUUCUUGUGGAUCAUAUGGAGAUAAUUUGAAUGUGGCUUUUGCGGAUAAUUUUCUCGGUGACACCAGUUUGGGCUGUGGAGUUCCAAGAACCCACUUCAAUCUUGAUAAGAUUUGUACUAGCUCCCGUUUAUUCUGCUUUCCGUCAACAUUACCUGGUUUCUUAGAGCAUAAACUCAAAGUGGCUGAUUUUGGAGUUUCAGGGGAUCAGUCUAAUGAUAUAUCAUCUAUCAUCUAUAGGAUCAACCGAAGAUAGCAAGUUGGCAAAUAACAAAAGUUGGUCAUCAGACAAUGGCGUGUUUAAGUUAUUUAAUGGAGGGAUUGUUUCUUGUUCUCUGAACUCCAAAGAGGCUACUAAUGAGUUGUCAUCCAUUCAAGCUGAUAGCUCUAAUCAAAACGAUCUUUCUUCUUGUAGCGGACCUUUACUUUAUCAGAAGAGCACAAAUUUUAGGCCAAACAAGAACACUGAGAUGACCAAAUUUAGUUCUUUCACUGGUUCCCCCUCACCCUAUGUAGAAAUUAGCCCUGCAGUAUUGGAUUGGGGACAAAAGUAUAUGAAUUUUCCAUCGUUAGCUUUCUUAACUGUGGAAAAUACGUGCAAUGACACCAUUUUACAUGUUUAUGAACCAUUCAGUACUGACAUGCAGUUCUAUCCUUGCAACUUUAGCGAGACUAAGUUAGGACCUGGUGAAACAGCUUCAAUUUGUUUUGUAUUUUUACCUAGAUGGUUGGGCUUGUCCUCUGCUCGUCUAAUUUUGCAGACAAGCUCAGGUGGUUUCUUGGUUCAGGCGAAAGGUUUUGCCAUAGAGUCUCCUUAUGGGAUUCAUCCUUUAUUGGACAUGGAUGUUUCUUCCAGGGGAAGGUGGAGUAAGAAUUUGUCGUUGUUUAACUCCUUUGAUCAAAUUUUCAACGUGAAGGAAGUUACAGCAUGGAUAUCAGUGUCUCUGGAGCAUACUUCCCAUCAUGCAGAGGCAAUAUGUAGUACUGAGAAACUUCAAGGUUCCGAUGAACUUGGGUUGCUGAGUGUUAAAGAACGUCUGGUUGUGAGUACUGGACAAGUUGGUUUGCCUCUUCUGGCCAUGAGGCCCCUUAUGAACUGGGAGAUUGGUCCACACAGCAGUGAAACUAUCAUAGAAAUAGACUUCUCAAUUGAAUCGAAAGGAAGAAUUUAUGGUGCAAUUUGUAUGCAGUUGCUAAGGCCUUCUGAGGACAAGUCUGAUACUGUUAUGCUUCCUUUUGAGGCUGAAGUGGAUGGAACAGCAAUGAAUGAUGAUCUUGAAAUACCUAUCUCGGCAUCUCUUGAGGUUUUGGUCCCCUAUUCUGCCAAUGAAACUGCUGUUGCUAUAUCUCUGAAGAAUUCUGCUACUUACCUUUUGAGACUUCUUGAGAUUACUGAAGUUGCGGAUGGUAGAACCUUGCAGAUUAAGUACAUUGAAGGCUUACUACUUUUCCCUGGCAGCGACACAUAUGUUGCUGUUGUUGCUUGUACUGAGCCACUUGUCAAAUUAGAUGGACAAUGUAAGUUACUUAUACAGACAAAUGACUCAAGUAGCUCUCAGAUUGAAAUUCCUUGCCAGGAUUUUAUUCAUAUUUGUACAAGACAUUGGAAUGAUUCCACCAUUGAAUAUGAACAUCAGUCUGAAAGGAGUGAAUCGGGUGAUAUGCAGACAGAGUUCUCUGAAAGUGGCAUGCAGUUGCCAUUACCGAUCAUGGCAAUGGAGACAGCAGAGGCAGAUGAGUUGGUGCUACGAAAAUGGAAAUCUCAAGAUACCAGAAGUGGCGUGUCUGUGCUCACUGAUCAUGAGGUAUUCUUCCCAAUGCUUCAGGUAGGAAGUCAUAACUCUAAAUGGAUCACUGUAAAGAAUCCUAGCCAAGCGCCGGUAGUGAUGCAGCUUAUACUGAACUCAGGGGAGAUUAUUGACCGAUGUAAGAGUGCGGAUGGUCUUACACAGCUUCCUUCAUCGGGUAGCAUGGUUUGUAAUGAAUCCACUUCUCCAAGUAGGUAUGGGUUCUCAAUAGCAGAAAAUGCACAAACAGAGGCUUAUGUUCAACCCAAUGGUAGAGCAUCUCUUGGACCAGUAUUGUUUCACCCUUCAAAUCGAUGUGAUUGGAGAAGUUCGGCCCUGAUAAGAAACAAUCUAUCUGGUGUGGAGUGGUUAUCUCUGAGGGGAUCUGGAGGGUUGCUAUCCUUGCUUCUUCUUGAAGAGUCUGAGCCUGUUCAGAGUGUAGAAUUCAACCUCAGCUUACAAAUUCCUCUUGACUUUUCUCCUCCAGACAUGUUUCACAUGGAAAACGUCACUCAUUCUUGUAUACAGCCAUUAUCAAGGCAGCUCUAUGCUAAGAAUACAGGAGACUUUCCUCUGGAGAUUAGAAGAAUCACAGUUUCUGGAAAAGAGUGUGGGAUGGAUGGGUUUAUGGUACAAACUUGCAAAGGUUUUACUCUUGAACCUGGAGAAUCAGCAAAACUUCUGAUAUCGUACCUGACUGAUUUUUCUGCAGCCUUGGUACAACGGGAUCUUGAGCUGGCCGUGAAUUCUGGUAUUAUGGUGAUCCCCAUGAAGGCAAGCAUUCCUUUGCAUAUGAUCAAUAUAUGCAAGAAAUCAGUGGUCUGGAUGCGCGUCAAAAAAUACUCUUCAGCAGUAUUUCUGGUUGUCUCCUUGAUGUUUCUAGUAUUUUGGUAUAUAUUACCCCAGGUGCCUGCCUUUUGUUCCGAUGAUUGUUUGUACACGAGCGGAAAAAGUUCCUUGGUUACUUCUAAAAGUAGUUCAGGAAAAUCAUCUCAUGCGCAUAAUUAUAGAGACAGCAGAUUUUCUGUGUCUGGUGAGAUAAACAGUUUGCUAAGAUCAGUUCGGGAAGAUAAAACCUCAAUGCAGGCAUCAUCUGUUGGUAGAUAUCCCGAUGACCAGGCUGGGGCCUCAGAGCGGGAAAAAUUUGUUCAACAUGCAGAUCAAAUGCUACAGGGUCAUGAACAAACUAAUUAUUUGUCAGAUACGACAAAGAACAAAGCCAUGGCUUUCUCAUUGACUUCUAAAUCUGUGUCAGUUGAGAAUCCCAAUGAACUAGAAGCAUCCCAACCUGGUAACCUCACAGUCAAAACUGGACAGGAAAAGGGUAGAAGGCGUAAGAAGAGAAAGGGUGCCGGUGCAAAAUUCACAGGACUUUUUGAAGUUUCAAGUAGUCAAAGUGGAAAUUCUACACCUUCAUCACCCUUGUCUCCAGUCUCAUCUGUAAUACCAAAACAGACGUGGCCGCUAUCUCCUGAUGUGGGCCAAGCUGUUGAGGCCAGAAAUCCAUUUACUCAAGUGGCUCAACAACACUUCCGGAAGAGUCAUGUUUUUAAAUCUGCUUCUAAGGCAAACUUGUCACAGCCGGAGGUUUCUAUAAAAUAUUGCAAUAACCACCCAACUUUUGCUUCUCAAGUGCAGCCACCAGCACCAAGAAAACCUGCGGCCAGAACUGUUUUAUUGCCUUCUGCCACCAUUCCUGGUUCCAGUAGGCCUGCACCUAAUUUGGUAUGCUCAUCCUCUUAUCUGGCUUCAACAUCCCCUAUUUCUCCGCAUGUUAGAGCCCCUGGGUCCAAACUCUCUGAUCGGAAAAGUGCUGAAGAAGAAAAGGCUCGGCUUGGGGAUGAAUAUACAUAUGAUAUCUGGGGUGAUCAUUUUCCUAGGCUAAAGUUGACGGGUAGGUCAAAGGAUGUCGCUUCUAUGACCUCCAGCACUACAGAAAGCGACUCCAAUAGCUUCUUUGUAAAGGGUCCACAAAUCCUCAUGGCAAAGUCUCCACCGAGAUCUGUUUUUACCUUCUGUAAUAUUCACUCUGGUGUUUGCAUUUUCCCGUGGAUGUCCUCGAUCGAACAGUCUAGUCACUUGACCAUGCAUGCCCCAAACACAGGCGUAGUUUUUUUGGCAGACAUUUCGGUAUGAAGAUUGCAACUUUACAUUCACAGUUUUCAUUGCAUGCAACUGCUAUUCCUACGCGUCUCCUGCAACGACUGCUGUAAUUUUCACAUUAUAGUGGCUGCCUAAUGUUAGUGUGUAAAUUGUGAUCUGAUGUGGCAGUUGGUUUCUAGCUCAUAUUGCUAGGAUUGUGUGUAUGCUUUCGUAUUAAGUCUCAUAGGUCUUAAACAAGUGAGUGUAUAUGUGUCUUCAUCUCAUAGGAUGUAAGAUGGAUGGCUAGGAUUGGUUGGAUGUAAUUUUGAAUAUUGCCAAGUUUAAAUUGGAAUUGCAAUUAAGAGGAGUGUGACUUUUCCUCACUCACUCUC